UUACUGGUAAUCUGUUUUCAGUCCAACAUACAAUUUCUCCAAAAUAAAAUUAAAACAAGAGCUUGUAUUGUAAAUUCAUGUAAAAUGAAUAAAUGCAAUGUUCUUUUUGUGGAAAAAGUCCUCCACUCUGCUUUGUCUCAUCCUGAAAAAGAGACACAGAAAGCCAUUAGAAUAAUGAUAAUAGUGGCACAUUUUAAAACAGGUCUAAUUUCCACAGCACUGUUGUGUUAUGACAUUAGGCUAAUAAUAAUAAUAAUAAUCCUCAUCAGUAUUUUUACUUAAGUACUUAACUUAAAACUUUAAAUGGUUUAGACAUGGAUUUAUUUCAUCACUGUAAUAAUAUGCAGUUAAGAUAAACACUAGCAAAUGUACUUUUGCAUCAGUGUGGAGCAAGAGAGAAAUAAUUGAAACUAUUUACAGACUAACAGUCACAGACUGUAGAACAAUAUGUAAUGUUACUAUAAGCCAUUUUCUCACUUGUACAUCGCCGUUAAAGUAAACAGAAAAUAUAUAACAGUUAUUCCUCUCUAUCACAGAGUGACUCCAUCUGUGAAGGCAGCCCAGUUUUCCCACUGAUGGAGGCAACAUGUUGGUGCCAGUUAAUCAUUUCAGAUCUCUCCACGCAGACUUGACUGACACCUUUUCAUUCAGAGAGGAGCUCUCCCAUGUUUUCAGACAUGUUUUUCAGGAUUCCCUGCGUAUUUCUAGUCCUUGUGUUUUGGGGUCCGGUUCGCGGCGGGCCCCUCACAAACCCCCACCCCAACAUAACGGACCAGGAGCUGUUCUGGGGCACCGACCAGUACGACUUCUCCGUGGUGCUUCCUGCUGCAGGGUUGGAGUGUUUCUGGCACUUUGCUCACCGUGGAGAGAGAUUUUACCUGAACUUCAUGGUCCAGUGGGUGACAGGAGUCGGCCAUGACAGACACCUGUCAGUCACCGUCAACGCGCCCAGCAGUCUCAUAGUGUCGACUGUCGAUGAUGCAAAGGGUCAGAUCAACUUUGAGGCCAAGGAAACAGGUUUCUAUCAGAUGUGUUUCAGCAACUUCCACAACCGCUUCGGCACAAUGCAGGUCUUCCUCAGCUUCGGCGUUUACUACGACGGCUACCAAGACCCCGGUAAGCGCAAGGAAGAAGAGAAGAAGAAGAAAGAGGAAGUCAGCAAAGACCUGAACAACACACUGAGCGUCAUAGAGGAUGCGACUCACAAAGUGGAGAACCACGUCUUCCACAUGUUCCGCUACUACAACUUCGGCCGCAUGAGGAAGAGCACUGACUACUUCCUGCUCGUGUCCAACUCGCAGUACAUCACCUGGUGGUCGAUGGCCCUCAGCCUACUCAUCGUCACCUCGGGGUACCUGCAGCUCCUCUUCCUCAAAAGACUCUUCAUCACCAAGACCUGCACCGAGGAGGAGAAGCCUCGCUGCUGACAGACUCGUUUAUAGUCGGGAUGUUUAGAAACAGAUCUGUGUGGAAAACAUCCAAAUCUGUCUGCAUGUAUGAUUACUGCAUGUAUUCUUUCUGGUAUUGUGUUUGUGUACUUGUAUUUCAUCACAAAGCAUAAAUAAACGUUACUAUUAGAUGAUCA